GCCGCCCUCAGAGCAGCUCCAGCAGCCGCGCCGCCUGGCUUUUUGUUUUCCUUGUUCUCCGCGGGCCGUGGCGGGGCUCCGCGCCGCGGCUGUUAGUCAUGUCGGAUUCUGGAAGUUACAGUCAGUCUGGGGGUGAGCAGCAAAGUUAUUCUUCCUAUGGAAAUCAAGGCAGUCAAGGCUAUGGACAAACAUCACAAAGUUAUUCUGGCUAUGGGCAAACGACUGAUUCUUCGUAUGGACAAAACUAUGGUGGUUACUCCGGUUAUGGACAAAAUCAAUCAGGUUAUUCACAGUCUUAUGGUAGUUAUGAGAAUCAAAAGCAGAGUUCAUAUGGCCAGCAAUCAUACAAUAACCAGGGACCUCAAAGCACGGAAUCAUCAGGAGGUCAAGGUGGAAGAGCACCUUCAUAUGGCCAGUCAGACUAUGGUCAGCAAGAUUCUUAUGACCAGCAGUCAGGUUAUGAUCAGCAUCAAGGCUCAUAUGAGCAGUCCAAUUAUCAGCAACAUGAUUCCUAUAAUCAAAACCAGCAGUCUUACCAUUCACAAAGGGAAAACUACAGCCACCACACACAAGAUGACCGUCGUGAUGUGAGUAGGUAUGGAGAAGAUAAUAGAGGAUAUGGCGGGUCACAGGGAGGAGGUAGAGGGCGUGGGGGAUAUGACAAGGAUGGAAGAGGUCCUAUGACAGGAUCAAGUGGUGGUGACCGCGGUGGCUUCAAAAAUUUUGGUGGUCACAGGGAUUAUGGACCCAGACCAGAUGCCGAUUCAGAGUCUGAUAAUUCAGAUAACAACACAAUCUUUGUGCAAGGACUUGGGGAGGGUGUGUCUACAGAUCAAGUGGGAGAGUUCUUUAAGCAAAUAGGAAUUAUCAAGACUAACAAAAAGACUGGAAAACCAAUGAUAAAUCUUUAUACAGACAAAGACACAGGAAAACCAAAAGGGGAAGCAACAGUGUCAUUUGAUGACCCUCCAUCAGCUAAGGCAGCCAUUGAUUGGUUUGAUGGAAAAGAAUUCCAUGGAAACAUCAUUAAAGUGUCAUUUGCCACUAGAAGGCCUGAAUUUAUGAGAGGUGGUGGAAGUGGAGGUGGACGCCGAGGCCGAGGAGGAUAUAGAGGCCGUGGAGGUUUUCAGGGGCGAGGUGGAGACCCCAAGAAUGGGGACUGGGUUUGCCCUAAUCCGUCAUGUGGAAAUAUGAACUUUGCUCGAAGAAAUUCCUGUAAUCAGUGCAAUGAGCCUAGACCAGAGGACUCACGUCCCUCAGGGGGAGAUUUCCGGGGGAGAGGCUACGGUGGAGAAAGGGGCUACAGAGGUCGUGGGGGCAGAGGUGGCGACCGAGGUGGUUAUGGUGGAGACAGAAGUGGGGGUGGUUAUGGUGGUGACAGGAGUGGGGGUGGUUAUGGUGGAGACAGGAGUGGGGGUGGCUAUGGUGGGGAUAGAGGAGGUGGCUAUGGAGGAGACAGAGGUGGUUAUGGUGGGGACCGAGGAGGCAGCUAUGGAGGAGAUCGAGGUGGCUACGGAGGAGACCGAGGUGGCUACGGAGGUGAUCGAGGAGGGUAUGGAGGUGACCGCAGCCGGGGGGCCUAUGGAGGAGACCGUGGUGGUGGUGGUGGUGGUGGCAGUGGAGGCUACGGUGGAGACAGAAGUGGAGGCUAUGGUGGAGACCGAAGUGGUGGCUACGGAGGAGACAGAGGUGGCAGUUAUGGAGGCGACAGAGGUGGCUAUGGAGGCGACAGAGGUGGCUAUGGAGGCAAAAUGGGAGGAAGAAACGACUACAGAAAUGAUCAGCGCAACCGACCGUACUGAUGACUGUUUCAAAUACUCCUUUGUCUCUGACAUGAUCCAUGAGGAAUUGUCAGAGUGUGCCUGCUGCUUUCCUC